CUAAUAUUUUCAUAGAGAAAAGUAGGAGUACGAGCACUGGUUACUGUCCCACUGGGAAUUUCAAUGCAACCCUGCAACAAUAUAAAUACCCUUGGCCUUUCACACCCCGCCGCCUAUUGCUUUUACACGUCAACUGCAACAACAAAACUAAAGCUAAAAUCCAAAUAUAUGUAAAUAAGUUUUGCAAAUUUGAAGUAUCGGAAAAUUGACUGCAAGUGACAUGGAGAGCGCCGAAGAAGCAUCUGAAAACAAUGAGCUGCGGGAGCGCAAAUCGACGGGCGUUAACAGCGAGAUGUCAACAAAGGAGGCAUAUUUUGCUAGUCUAGCCGAGUGGGCCAAACAGGCGGCACUUAUGCAAAUGUUUCCUAAUUAUUUGAUGGCCAACUAUAACUAUUCACAAUUAUUGCAAACGCCAUUGCCAUUCGGAGCGCCAGGCAUUGAGCAGCUGUACCCAAAUCGUCAGCAGCAGAUUCCAUUGACGCAGCCGCUGCCUCAGCAGCCUGCGCCUCAGCCAGCAGCAGCUGCCCCAGCAGCUGUUCGACCAGCCUUCAGUCGCUUUCGUUUGUUGGACGAUGCGCAGCAGCAGGAUGUAAUACAGCGACUGGGUGGAACAGAAAUGGUUGUGGCACCCUUUUGGAAACGCGCCGUUGCAGAAGCAAUUGAUGUCGUCAUCUUAUUCAUAUUGAAAAUUAUUGUAACCUUUUCGCUGUUUCAUGUUUUUGAUCUGGACUUUGAUAAGGAUGUGAUGCGCAAGACUUUAGAGGAUGAGGAUAUCUUCUUGAAUUUCCUAGAUAUUUCUAUGGACUUUAUCACCCUGUCGUCGGACUUAAUACUAAUUGAGUUAUUGACAAAGCUUCUCGUCUGUUGCUAUGAAUGCCUAUGGACGGUUUUCUAUAAUGGAGCUACACCUGGCAAAUCGCUGAUGAAGAUUCGUAUCCUCUAUGUGGAAGCUGUAGUACCAAUGCAGGCGCCAGUAAUGCCACAAUUUGUAUUCCAGGCACAGCGAGAGCCGUUACGUGCCCUAGUCUAUCCCGCUGAGACUCCAAGCUUCUUUCGAGCUUUAUUGCGCGCCUUUGCCAAGAACCUGGUGAUGACCCUAUUGUUUCCCAUUUGCGUUAUCAUGGUCUUUUUUAAGAACAAUCGCACAGCCUAUGACGUAAUAACAAAGACCAUUGUGGUCGAAGCAAAUAGGAAUCCGAACCCUGUCGCGGUGCCUCCAGGACAACGACCCCAUCAACAGUAGUCAAUGCAAUGCCAAAUCUUGUAUCAAAUAUGAAAUCUGACAAAACUAAUUUAUGUAAUUUUUGUUAACGCUGAAAACUAACAGCUAAGCUCACUAAUUUCCAUUACAUUGUAAAUAUAUAAAAUGUGAAAACAAAUGUUAUCCCGGAAA